AUGGCCGUGCACCAACGAGAGGAGACACAGCGAACGGACACAAGAGAACGGGCAGACGCUGGCUCCCCGUUGGCUGAAGGCCGCAUCAACGACUUCGAUAUUCUGAAAAAACUCGGUGAAGGCAGCUUUGGCAAAGUUAUGCUUGCCCAGAUGAGGGAAACUAAUGAACUAUAUGCAAUCAAGGUGAUUCCGAAGGAUGGAGUGGAAACUGAAGAGGAAAUUUCGAUCGAGAAGCGGGUCCUGACCAUUGCCGGAAAACACAGGUUUUGCUCAAAGCUGUAUGACAGUUUCGAGACCGCCAGCAGCGUGUAUUUCGUCAUGGACUAUAUCAACGGUGGCGAUGUCCUGUCUCACAUCGAGUCGGGGCAUCGCUUUAACAAAGUCGAAGUCCGGUACUACUCUGCGGAAAUUGUGUGCGCUCUGAUUUAUCUGCACAAUGCUGGUGUUGUCUACCGUGAUCUCAAACCGGAAAAUGUCUUGUUCUGCGGCGACGGACACAUUAAAAUUAUCGACUUUGGUAUGUGCAAGGAGAACAUUACCAAUGGUGCCAGAGCAUCUUCGUUCUGUGGUACAACACACUACAUGGCUCCGGAGAUACUUGACCUAGUGGAGUACACUGUAUCGGUAGACUGGUGGUCUCUCGGAGUUCUGAUGUACGAAAUGGCGACCGGUGAUUUGCCGUUCGACGGCGAGAACGAUCCUGACGUAUUCAGGAGCAUCAUGCACAAGCAGUUACGCUACCCUGUCUGGUUGUGCUCGGAUACCAAAAGCGUCUUAAGCGGCUUCCUGACCCGACCAGUACACAAACGCCUUGGAUGUACGCCAGCCGGUGCCAUUGCAAUCAAAUCGCAUCAAUUCUUCAGUGGAAUCAACUGGGAGAAGCUGGAGAAGGGUGAAAUUCAACCUCCAUUUAUGCCGCACGAUAAGUCCAAACAAGACAAAAGAAGUUUCCUUGCGGACUUUGCUGAGGAGUUCACAGGAGACAGUCUUCAGGACCGCAGCUCAUUUCCAUUUUUCAGUCGAACUGAGUUUCAACUGACGGGCCUUUACAUGCAGUAGAGAUAUGCUGAACGGAACAGUCGUGUUUUAAAUACUGGCAACAGCAUCACGUGACUCUGCUAAAUAAUAGAACGCGUUGCUACCAUGUGCCCUAGGCUGAGCCUCAUUAUUCGUAUCAAUGCAUUUCCAUCUGGAGUCUUGAGUCUUGGUAGUGUGUCCAUACCGCUUGGAUGAGACGCAUACACUGGACAGUGUGGUGCUGAACGAUGCCGCUUUGAAUCAUGUCAAGGACCUGUUCGCUUUCUCUCUCCCUCUCUCCGUCCCUCCCCCCCCCCCUCUCUCUCUCUCUCUCUCUCUCUCUCUCUCUCUCUCUCUCUCUCUCUCUCUCUCUCUCUCUCUCUCUCUCUCUCUCUCUCUCUCUCUCUCUCUCUCUCUCCCUCUCUCUCUCUCUGUGUGUAUGUGUGUGUGUGUGUGUGUACAAUGACUGCCCUGUUCCACAUUGCUAUGUACACCUCGCAAACUCAUGCUUUCAUACUUUGCUCUCUACCUCUAUCGUAUUAUACCAGGUAAUGACGCACACAAACGAUCCUGCGCUUUAAAGCGAGUUUUCCCAUUUUUGUAUUUUUUGCAGGUUAAUAAUAUUAUUGU